AUGGGUCGGCAAAACGUUGUCAUAGUUUUUGGCCUCGUGUUCAUGGCCGUCCUUGGCCUCGCCGCAGCUGCCUCCUCUCCGUCUCCUUCAGCGUCACCCUCCAAAUCCCCAUCUACUUAUAUAACUGAUGUUGAAGCUCCAAUAUCCGAGGACACCAUUGGAACCACCGACGACGAUGCAGCUGCUGCUCCUGGUGAUGAUGAUGUGGCGGUGGCUGGUCCACUAGGAAGUGACUCUUCAUACAGUAGCAAUGGACCUUCAGGUUCUGCCGAUUCGGCUGAAAGUGGCGCGGCUGCUUUUGGAGUCUCUACGGUCGUCGUUGGUAUUACAUCCAUCGCCGGGUCUUUCUUAUUUUUCUGA